AUGCCUCUAAAACGAACUCCGCCAUUGUCACAGUCGCAGUCCGUAACUACUGCGAAUGUGCAGGUGUCAACCGUUGAAAAUAUUUUAGAUGGACAAACUACGUCUAUACAUUCUAUGCACCAUUGUGCUUCUGAACCAGAUUUAAACGUUACACCACUUAACAAUGAAACUUACAAUACAAAUCUUGGUUUAAUUCACCGCUUUAAACGCAAACGGAGUGAUUGUAUGGAUGAAAGGAUGUCGGAAUACAUGACCGAGAUGAAGGCAAUGUUUUCAGAGAUUAAGGCUCGCCAGGAGACACAUGAUCUUAAAAUGGAAAAUAUUUGUAUGGUUAUGGAAGAGAUCAAAACUCAAAAUAAAUCUAUUCAAAAUUCAGUUGACUUUUUGUCCGAACAAUAUGAGUGUAUGAAGAUUCAAGUAGAAAAAUUAGAUUCUGAAUGCCGUAAAAAUCAGUCGUAUAUUACGUCUCUGGAAGAAAAAUUGGAUAAGUAUGAGAGCAGAAAUCGCUCGACUUGCAUUGAAAUUAAAAAUAUUCCUCCAGCUAAAGGCGAAUCCAAACAAGUACUUUUAAAGAAAGUAAUUUCUAUUGCACAGAAAAUUGAUAGUAAUAUUGAAUCAUAUGAAGUAAAAGAUGUCUUUCGUGUAAACACACAUGAUCCUUCUAUUAAAACUGUAAUUGUUGACUUCACUAGUGUACUUACUAAAGAAAAGCUGAUCCAUAAAUAUAGACAGUAUAACAAAGGGCCUAGCAAAUUAACCACAGAAAGUUUAAAAAUUAAUGGUCCCAAUAAGCCAAUAUUUAUAUCAGAAAAUUUAUCACAAAAAAUGAAAAGACUAUUCUACCUUGCCCGUGACUAUGCCAAAUCAAAUGGCUAUGCAUUUUGCUGGGUGUCAAAUGGAAAGAUUUUUCUUCGGAAAACUGAAGGUGCACCACUAAAUUUCAUACGCAAUGAACAGGACAUAAAGAAAUUAACAGAUUCUAUGUGA